AUGGAAGAUUCUAGAGCUAUUCCGUUCGCCGGAAAUUUAGACCCUCGAGCUCAAGAGUUUGUACCUUUAAACCCUAUCUCCCCUCGUUAUUACUUUCCUUACACACCUCCUCCGCCGCCGCUUCCGCCGCCUCCUCCGUCGUCGUACGGAGUAUCUCCGACGGAGCCAAGAGUUUUCACGUUCUUUAAUCUCCCACCACAUCCGAUGAUGUUUUCUCCUCGUCCUCCACCACCACCACCACCACCACCACGUCCGUGUUUUAACGGCGUUUCUGCCGUACAACGGCUUCCUCCGCCGUCAAAUUCUCCGACGCGGUCUCUUUCUCUGAUCUAUGUUCCGCGUGACGUCACCGAGUCGACGGUGAGACGCGACUUGGAGGUGUUCGGCGACGUGCGUGGCGUGCAAAUGGAGAGAAUCUCACAAGGAACCGUGACCGUACAUUUCUACGAUCUCCGUGACGCCAAAAGAGCGGUUCGAGAGAUUUGCGGUAGAUACAUGCAGCAUCAAGACAGACUCGGAGUUAACGGUAACGGCGUGAGCGUUAGCGUUUGGAGCUCACCGUCUUCUUCAUCGGCGCGUGGGUUUGUUUCCGGCAGACCUGUGUGGGCCCAGUUUGUUGUUCCGGCUACUAGCGCCGUUCCCGGUGGUUGUAACCAAGGAACGUUGGUGAUAUUUAACUUAGACCCUGAAGUCACUUCCGUUGCUCUCAGACAGAUUUUCCAUGUUUACGGUCCGAUCAAAGAGUUGAGAGAGACGCCGUACAAGAAACAUCAAAGAUUCGUUGAAUUUUACGACGUAAGAGAUGCGUCGAAAGCGUUUGAUCGAAUGAAUGGUGAAGAGAUUUAUGGGAAGCAAGUUGUGAUCGAAUUUAGCCGACCAGGUGGACUUAUAAACAAGUUCAGGUCAUUUAGGCAACCGCAGCUACCGCUUCAACCGCCACCAAUUCUGGCUCCUCCUUUGAGACCGUUUGCAACUACUCUCAUGAAGGAUAAAGACAAGAAUGUGAGCCCUAAUCAUGAAGUUGUUGUUGAAUCUUCUAUGCGUUCGUUGUGUAUCUUCAAUGAUGAUGAUAAUAAGACCCGAAUGGAAUCGGAAACAAAGAACAAGAACGUGGCUAAGUGUGGGAAGAAGAGACAGAUGAAGAACAAGGAACCAAGUCAAUUUCUUAUCAGUGAAGAAACCUUGGAUGAUCCAAGUUGCAGAGAUCCACGUACCACUUUGAUGAUCAAGAACAUACCAAACAAGUACAGUCAAAAGCUGCUGUUGAAUAUGCUAGACAAUCACUGCAUUCACAUCAACGAAGCGAUCACCGAGGAAAGCGAUCAUCAUCAGCCCUUUUCUUCUUACGAUUUUGUGUAUCUUCCCAUGGAUUUUAACAACAAGUGUAAUGUUGGCUAUGGGUUUGUGAACAUGACGUCUCCGGAGGCAGCUUGGAGGCUUUACAAGACGUUUCAUGAUCAACGUUGGGAGGUUUUUAAUUCGCGUAAGAUUUGUCAAGUCACUUAUGCGAGGGUUCAGGGUUUGGAGAAUCUAAAGGAACACUUCAAGAGCUCGAAGUUUCCUUGCGAGGCAGAGGUUUACCUUCCGGUGGUUUUCUCGCCUCCACGAGACGGUAAGCAGUUAACCGAACCUGUCUCUAUCAAAAUCAACGGCUGCACCGGACUCAUUAGUCAUCAUCUUGAGCCAGUGGACGGUCAAGAUCACUAUGUGAGUGGAUCAUGUAGCGGCAGUGAUCAUGAUAACAGUCAGGAAGACGGAUUUUCCGGCAGUAGCAUAGAUGGUGGCCGGAGUAUCACCGUGAAAGGAGAUACAUCUUUGUAG